GUGUCGUGUGCGUGUGGAGUAUCUGCAGACAUGACGGCGCGGAGGAGAUUCGAGUCGCUGUUCCUGCUGCUGGCGCUGCUGGUGCUGUGCGCGGGGCUCCUCACUGCAGCUAAGGGUCAAAACUGUGGAGGCUUAGUCCAGGGUCCCAACGGCACCAUUGAGAGCCCAGGCUUUCCUCACGGUUAUCCAAACUACGCUAACUGCACCUGGAUCAUUAUAACGGGGGAACGCAAUAGGAUACAGUUGUCAUUUCAUACCUUUGCUCUUGAAGAAGAUUUUGAUAUUUUAUCAGUGUACGACGGACAGCCCCAACAAGGGAAUCUAAAAGUGAGAUUGUCGGGAUUUCAACUGCCUUCCUCUAUCGUGAGCACGGGAUCUAUCCUCACGCUGUGGUUCACGACAGACUUUGCUGUGAGCGCCCAAGGUUUUAAAGCCCUGUAUGAAGUCUUACCUAGCCACACAUGUGGAAACCCUGGAGAAAUACUAAAAGGAGUUCUCCACGGAACGAGAUUCAACAUAGGAGACAAAAUCCGAUACAGCUGUCUCUCUGGCUACAUCCUGGAAGGUCACGCGACCCUGACCUGCAUCGUCAGCCCUGGCAACGGCGCGUCGUGGGACUUCCCCGCUCCUUUUUGCAGAGCUGAAGGGGCCUGCGGAGGAACCUUGCGUGGGACCGGCAGCUCCAUCUCCAGCCCCCACUUCCCCUCCGAGUACGAGAACAACGCUGACUGCACGUGGACCAUCCUCGCGGAGCCGGGGGACACCAUUGCCCUGGUCUUCACGGACUUCCAGCUGGAGGAAGGGUACGACUUCCUGGAGAUCAGCGGGACGGAAGCUCCCUCCAUAUGGCUGACGGGCAUGAACCUCCCCUCCCCUGUCAUCAGCAGCAAGAACUGGCUACGCCUCCACUUCACCUCCGACAGCAAUCACCGACGCAAAGGGUUCAACGCUCAGUUUCAAGUGAAAAAGGCGAUCGAGCUGAAGUCGAGAGGCGUCAAGAUGCUACCCAGCAAGGACGGCAGCCAUAAGAACUCCGUCUUGAGCCAAGGAGGUGUCGCGUUGGUCUCUGACAUGUGUCCUGAUCCCGGGAUUCCGGAAAAUGGCAGAAGAGCAGGCUCUGACUUCAGGGUUGGUGCAAAUGUACAGUUCUCUUGUGAGGACAACUAUGUGCUCCAAGGAUCUAAGAGCAUCACCUGUCAGAGAGUUACAGAGACACUCGCUGCUUGGAGUGACCACCGGCCAAUCUGCAGAGCUAGAACGUGUGGAUCCAACCUGCGUGGACCCAGUGGCGUCAUCACCUCCCCUAACUACCCAGUUCAGUACGAAGACAACGCGCACUGCGUGUGGGUGAUCACCACGGCCAACCCGGACAAGGUCAUCAAACUUGCCUUUGAAGAGUUCGAGCUGGAAAGAGGUUAUGACACCCUGACGGUCGGUGACGCUGGGAAAGUAGGGGACACCAGAUCGGUCUUGUACGUACUCACGGGCUCCAGCGUUCCCGACCUCAUCGUGAGCAUGAGCAACCAGAUGUGGCUACAUCUGCAGUCAGACGACAGUAUCGGCUCACCUGGCUUUAAAGCCGUCUACCAAGAAAUUGAAAAGGGAGGAUGUGGGGAUCCGGGCGUCCCCGCCUACGGGAAGCGGACGGGCAGCAGCUUUCUCCACGGGGACACGCUCACCUUUGAGUGCCAGGCGGCCUUCGAGUUGGUGGGGGAGAGGGUCAUCACCUGCCAGCAGAACAACCAGUGGUCUGGCAACAAGCCCAGCUGUGUCUUUUCAUGUUUCUUCAACUUCACGGCGGCAUCCGGGAUUAUUCUGUCACCCAAUUACCCCGAGGAAUACGGCAACAACAUGAACUGUGUGUGGCUGAUUAUAUCUGAGCCAGGAAGUAGAAUUCACCUCAUCUUUAAUGACUUUGAUGUGGAGCCUCAGUUUGACUUUCUUGCGGUCAAAGACGAUGGGAUUUCUGAGAUAACCGUCCUUGGGACUUUUUCUGGCAAUGAAGUGCCUUCCCAGCUGGCCAGCAGCGGGCACGUCGUGCGCCUGGAAUUUCAGUCCGACCACUCCACCACCGGCAGAGGGUUCAACAUCACCUACACCACGUUUGGUCAAAACGAGUGCCACGAUCCCGGCAUCCCUAUAAACGGCCGGCGUUUUGGUGACAGGUUUCUACUGGGGAGCUCGGUCUCUUUCCACUGUGACGACGGCUUUGUCAAGACCCAGGGCUCCGAGUCCAUCACCUGCAUCCUGCAGGAUGGGAACGUGGUCUGGAGCUCCGCGGUGCCCCGCUGCGAAGCCCCAUGCGGCGGACACCUGACAGCUUCCAGCGGAGUCAUUUUGCCUCCUGGGUGGCCGGGAUAUUAUAAGGAUUCUCUAAACUGUGAAUGGAUAAUUGAAGCAAAACCAGGCCACUCUAUUAAAAUAACUUUUGAUAGAUUCCAGACGGAAGUCAACUACGACACUCUGGAGGUCCGGGACGGGCCAGCCGGCUCGUCCCCGCUGAUCGGGGAGUACCACGGCACACAGGCCCCCCAGUUCCUGAUCAGCACCGGGAACUUCAUGUACCUGCUCUUCACCACGGACAACAGCCGCUCCAGCGUGGGCUUCCUCAUCCACUACGAGAGUGUGACUCUGGAGUCCGACUCCUGCCUCGACCCAGGCAUCCCCGUGAACGGCCAUCGCCAUGGCAGCAACUUUGGCGUGAGGUCCACGGUGACGUUCAGCUGCGACCCAGGGUACACGCUGAGUGACAACGAGCCGCUUCUCUGUGAGCAGAACCACCAGUGGAACCACGCCCUGCCCAGCUGUGACGCCCUGUGUGGAGGCUACAUCCACGGCAAGAGUGGAACCGUCCUUUCUCCUGGGUUCCCGGACUUUUACCCGAAUUCUCUAAACUGCACGUGGACCAUCGAAGUGUCUCAUGGAAAAGGCGUGCAGGUGAUCUUCCACACCUUCCACCUGGAGAGCUCGCACGACUACCUGCUGAUCACGGAGGACGGCAGCUUCUCCGAGCCGGUCGCCAGGCUCACGGGCUCGGUGCUGCCCCACACCAUCAAGGCAGGCUUGUUUGGAAACUUCACCGCCCAGCUCCGGUUUAUAUCGGACUUUUCCAUCUCCUACGAGGGCUUCAACAUCACGUUUUCAGAGUACGACCUGGAGCCGUGUGACGACCCUGGAGUCCCUGCCUUCAGCCGAAGAAUCGGUUUUCACUUUGGUGUCGGAGACUCUCUGACCUUCUCCUGCUUCCCGGGGUAUCGCCUAGAAGGUGCAACCAAGCUUACGUGCCUGGGUGGGGGCCGCCGUGUGUGGAGCGCACCUCUGCCAAGGUGUGUGGCUGAAUGUGGAGCGAGUGUCAAAGGAAACGAAGGAACGUUACUGUCUCCAAAUUUCCCAUCCAAUUAUGACAAUAACCACGAGUGCAUCUACAGAAUAGAAACGGAGGCUGGCAAGGGGAUCCACCUCCAAGCACGGAGCUUCCAGCUGUUUGAAGGAGAUAUUUUAAAGGUGUUUGACGGGAAAGACGGGUCCUCGCGCCCCCUGGGAGCCUUCACCAGAAACGAGCUCACGGGGCUGACCCUGAACAGCACGUCCAACCACCUGUGGCUGGAAUUCAACACCAACGGCUCGGACACGGCCCAGGGCUUUCAGCUCACCUACACUAGUUUUGAUCUAGUCAAAUGCGAGGAUCCGGGCAUCCCCAGCUACGGCUACAGGAUCCGCGACGAAGGCCACUUCACGGAUACCGUCGUCCAGUACAGCUGCAACCCAGGCUACGCCAUGCACGGCAGCAACACGCUGACCUGUCUGAGCGGCGACAGGAGAGUGUGGGACAAGCCGCUGCCGUCCUGCGUGGCGGAAUGCGGCGGGCAGAUCCACGCGGCCACGUCGGGACGGAUACUGUCCCCUGGCUACCCGGCCCCUUACGACAACAACCUGCACUGCACGUGGAUCAUAGAGGCAGACCCAGGAAAGACCAUUAGCCUCCACUUCAUCGUCUUCGACACGGAGACGGCCCACGACAUCCUCAAGGUCUGGGACGGGCCGGUGGACAGCGACAUCCUGCUGAAGGAGUGGAGCGGCUCGGCCCUCCCCGAGGACACGCACAGCACCUUCAACUCGCUCACCCUGCAGUUCGACAGCGACUUCUUCAUCAGCAAGUCCGGCUUUUCCAUCCAGUUCUCGACAUCCAUUGCAUCCACCUGCAAUGAUCCAGGCAUGCCCCAAAAUGGUACCCGCUACGGAGACAGCCGGGAGGCUGGAGACACCAUCACCUUCCAGUGUGACCCUGGGUAUCAGCUCCAAGGACAAGCGAAAAUCACCUGUGUGCAGCUGAAUAACCGGUUCUUUUGGCAACCAGACCCUCCUACGUGCAUAGCUGCUUGUGGCGGAAAUCUGACGGGCCCGGCGGGUGUUAUUUUGUCACCCAACUACCCACAGCCGUAUCCUCCUGGGAAGGAGUGUGACUGGAACAUAAAAGUCAACCCAGACUUUGUCAUCGCCUUGAUAUUCAAAAGUUUCAACAUGGAGCCCAGCUACGACUUCCUGCACAUCUACGAGGGGGCGGAUUCCAACAGCCCCCUCAUUGGAAGUUUCCAGGGCUCCCAAGCCCCAGAGAGAAUAGAGAGCAGCGGAAACAGCCUUUUCCUCGCGUUUCGGAGCGAUGCUUCCGUGGGCCUGUCGGGGUUCGCCAUUGAGUUUAAAGAGAAGCCUCGGGAAGCGUGUUUUGACCCUGGGAACAUCAUGAAUGGGACGAGAAUUGGAACGGACUUCAAACUGGGCUCGACCGUCACGUACCAGUGUGACUCUGGGUACAAGGUCGUGGACCCCUCGUCCAUCACGUGUGUGAUUGGAGCCGACGGGAAGCCGUCCUGGAAUCACGCGCUGCCCUCCUGCCACGCUCCGUGUGGAGGGCAGUACACGGGGUCGGAAGGGGUAGUUUUGUCCCCAAACUACCCUCGUAAUUACACGGCUGGUGAAAUAUGCCUCUACUCCAUAACUGUGCCGAAGGAGUUUGUGGUGUUUGGACAGUUCGCCUAUUUCCAGACAGCGCUGAACGAUUUGGCAGAAUUAUUUGACGGGACGCACGCCCAGGCCAGACUGCUCAGCUCCCUCUCUGGGUCUCAUUCAGGUGAGACGUUGCCCUUGGCUACGUCAAACCAAAUUCUGCUCCGAUUCAGCGCGAAGAGUGGGGCUUCUGCCCGGGGCUUCCACUUCGUGUAUCAGGCGGUUCCUCGAACCAGCGACACCCAGUGCAGCUCUGUGCCCGAGCCCAGAUACGGACGGAGAAUCGGUUCUGAGUUUUCUGCGGGUUCCAUCGUCCGAUUUGAGUGCAACCCGGGGUACCUGCUUCAGGGCUCCACGGCGCUCCGCUGCCAGUCGGUGCCCAACGCCCUGGCACAGUGGAACGACACCAUCCCCAGCUGCGUGGUUCCCUGCAGUGGUAAUUUCACCCAGCGGAGAGGCACAAUCCUGUCCCCUGGCUACCCCGAGCCCUAUGGAAACAACCUGAACUGUGUGUGGAAGAUCAUAGUGACAGAAGGGUCGGGAAUUCAGAUCCAGGUGAUCAGCUUUGCCACGGAGCAGAACUGGGACUCCCUGGAGAUCCACGACGGCGCGGACGCGACGGCUCCCAGGCUGGGCAGUUUCUCAGGCACCACAGUGCCGGCCCUGCUGAACAGCACCUCCAACCAGCUCUACCUGCACUUCCAGUCUGAUAUCAGCGUGGCGGCCGCUGGGUUCCACCUGGAAUACAAAACCGUGGGUCUGGCCGCCUGCCAAGAGCCGACCCUUCCCAGCAACGGCAUCAAAAUCGGAGAUCGCUACAUGGUGAACGACGUGCUGUCCUUUCAGUGCGAGCCUGGAUAUACCUUACAGGGCCGUUCCCACAUCUCCUGCAUGCCGGGGACCGUGCGCCGCUGGAGCCACCCGUCGCCCCUCUGCAUCGCGACCUGCGGCGGGACGCUGACCAGCAUGGGGGGCGUGAUCCUGAGCCCUGGCUUUCCGGGUUCCUACCCCAACAACCUGGACUGCACCUGGACCAUAUCCCUGCCCAUCGGCUACGGUGCACACAUCCAGUUCCUGAACUUUUCCACGGAAGCCAACCAUGACUACCUUGAAAUCCAGAAUGGGCCCUCCCACAGCAGCCCUCUGAUCGGGCAGUUCAGCGGCUCGGACCUCCCGGCCGCCCUGCUCAGCACCACACACGAGACGCUCAUCCACUUCUACAGCGACCACUCGCAAAACCGGCAAGGGUUUAAACUGGCUUACCAAGCCUACGAGUUGCAGAACUGCCCGGACCCGCCCCCGUUUCAGAACGGCUACAUGAUCAACUCGGACUACAGCGUGGGCCAGUCUGUGUCCUUCCAGUGCUACCCUGGCUACGUGCUCAUCGGUCAGGCCGUGCUCACCUGUCAACACGGGAGCAACAGGAACUGGAACCACCCUUUUCCGCGAUGCGACGCUCCCUGCGGCUACAACGUGACGUCUCAGAACGGCACCAUCUACUCCCCGGGCUUUCCGGACGAGUACCCGAUCCUGAAGGACUGCGUGUGGCUCAUCUCCGUGCCGCCCGGGCACGGAAUGUACAUCAACUUCACCUUGCUGCAAACGGAGGCCGUCAACGACUACAUCGCGGUCUGGGACGGGCCGGACCAGAACUCGCCGCAGCUGGGCGUCUUCAGCGGGAACACCGCCCUGGAGACGGCCUACAGCUCCACCAACCAGGUCCUGCUCAGGUUCCACAGCGACUUCUCCAACGGAGGCUUUUUCGUCCUCAAUUUUCACGCAUUUCAGCUCAAGAAAUGUCCGCCUCCCCCGGCCGUCCCCCAGGCAGAAAUGCUCACUGAGGACGACGAUUUUGAAAUAGGGGACUUUGUGCAGUAUCGGUGCCAUCCGGGCUACACCUUGGUGGGGACGGACACUCUGACCUGCAAGCUGAGCUCCCAGUUGCAGUUUGAGGGCUCUCUCCCGACGUGCGAAGCGCAAUGCCCGGCCCACGAGGUGCGCACGGCGUCCUCCGGCGUCAUCCUGAGCCCGGGCUACCCCGGCAACUACUUCAACUCGCAGACGUGCGCCUGGAGCGUGCGGGUGGCGCCCGGCCACAGCAUCACGCUCUUCGUGGACUCCUUCCAGAGCGAGAGGCAGUUCGACGCCCUGGAGGUGUUCGACGGUUCUUCUGGGCAGAGUCCUCUGCUAGUAGUCUUAAGUGGGAACCACACGGAACAAUCCAAUUUUACAAGCAAGAGCAAUGAGUUAUAUCUCCGCUGGUCCACUGAUCACGCAACCAGUAAAAAGGGAUUCAAGAUUCGUUAUGCAGCGCCCUACUGCAGCCUGGCCCCCACCCUGAAGGAUGGUGGCAUCGUCAACAGGAGCACAGGGGCCGCUGGAAGCCAAGUGCAGUACUUUUGCAAGCCUGGGUACCGGCUGGUCGGCCGCAGCAGCGCCAGCUGCAGACGGAACCCCUUGGGCACGUAUCAGUGGGACUCCCUCCCGCCGCUCUGCCAGGCUGUGUCCUGUGGCAUCCCAGAGUCCCCAGGAAAUGGCUCCUUCGCAGGUAACGAGUUCACUCUGGGCAGCAAGGUGGUCUAUGAGUGCAACGAGGGCUUCAGGCUCGACGCCGGCCAGCAGGCCACGGCCGUGUGCCAGGAAGACGGGCUGUGGAGUCACAAGGGGAAGCCGCCCAGCUGUACACCGGUGCCCUGCCCCAGCGUGGAAGCUCAGCUCUCGGAACACGUCAUCUGGAGGCUGGUUUCGGGAUCUCCGAAUGAGUACGGAGCCCAGGUGUUGCUGAGCUGCAGUCCUGGUUACUACCUGGUGGGCCGAAGGCUCAUUCAGUGCCAGGCUAAUGGGACGUGGAGCGUGGGCGAGGAGUGGCCCAGCUGUAAAGUGAUCUCCUGUGGAAGCUUGUCUUUCCCCCCAAACGGUAACAAGAUCGGGACGCUGACCGCCUAUGGGGCCACAGCUAUCUUUACGUGUAACACGGGCUACACCCUGGUGGGCUCUCACGUCAGAGAGUGCUUGGCAAACGGGCUCUGGAGCGGGGCCGAAACUCGAUGUCUGGCGGGCCACUGCGGGUCCCCAGACCCCAUUGUGAACGGGCACAUUAGCGGGGAUGGCUUCAGCUACAGGGACACGGUGGUGUAUCAGUGCAAUCCCGGCUUCCGGCUGGUGGGCACGUCGGUGAGGAUCUGCCUGCAGGACCACAAGUGGUCUGGACAGACUCCCGUUUGUGUCCCCAUCACCUGUGGUCACCCUGGAAACCCCGCCCACGGGCUCACCAAUGGCAGCGAGUUCAACCUGAACGAUGUCGUGAAUUUCACCUGCAACACGGGCUACCUGCUGCAGGGGGCGUCCCGGGCCCAGUGUCGGAGCAACGGCCAGUGGAGCAGCCCUUUGCCCACCUGUCGAGUGGUGAACUGCUCGGAUCCAGGCUUUGUGGAAAACGCCAUCCGUCACGGGCAGCAGCCUCCCCCGGAGAGUUUUGAGUACGGGAUGGCCGUCCUGUACCACUGCAAGAAGGGGUUUUACCUGCUGGGAUCUUCAGCCUUAACCUGUACGGCAGAUGGCUUGUGGGAUCGCUCUUUGCCCAAGUGUUUGGCUAUAUCCUGUGGGCACCCAGGGGUUCCUGCCAACGCCGUCCUCACUGGGGAACAGUUCACGUUUGGGGCCACGGUUCACUACUCAUGCAAGGGGAGUCACAGUCUCGUGGGCAACAGCACCAGAGUUUGCCAAGAGGACAGUCACUGGAGUGGCGCACUGCCCCACUGCACAGGAAAUAAUCCUGGAUUUUGUGGCGAUCCGGGGACCCCCGCACAUGGGUCCCGGCUGGGGGACGAAUUCAAGACGAAGAGUCUGCUCCGCUUCUCCUGCGAGGUGGGCUACCAGCUGCGGGGCUCCGCGGAGCGCACGUGUCUGCCCAGCGGGGCGUGGUCCGGCCUGCAGCCCGCGUGUGAGGCCGUGUCCUGCGGCAAUCCCGGGACCCCCACCAACGGCAUGAUCGUCAGCAGCGACGGCGUGCUGUUCUCCAGCUCCGUGGUCUACACCUGCUGGGAGGGCUACCGCACCUCGGGGCUCACGACCCGGCACUGCACGGCCAACGGGACCUGGACAGGCACGGCCCCCGACUGCACAAUUAUCAGCUGUGGAGAUCCGGGCACCCUGGCAAACGGCAUGCAGUUUGGGACGGACUUCACCUUCAACAAGACCGUGACCUAUCAGUGUGACCCUGGCUACCUCAUGGAGCCGGCCACAGCAGCCACCGUGCGCUGUACCAAGGACGGUACCUGGAACCACAGCAAGCCCGUCUGCAAAGCCGUCCUGUGCGCUCAGCCUCCCCCGGUGCCUCAUGGCAGAGUGGAGGGGACCGACUUCCGCUGGGGCUCCAGCAUCAGCUACAGCUGCGCGGACGGCUACCAGCUCUCCCACUCGGCCAUCCUGUCCUGCGAGGGCCGCGGCGUGUGGAGAGGGGAGGCCCCCCAGUGCCUGCCCGUGUUCUGUGGAGACCCCGGCACCCCCGCGGAGGGGCGGCUGAGCGGGAAGAGUUUCACCUACAAGUCUGAAGUCUUCUUCCAGUGCAAACCCCCGUUCAUACUCGUGGGGUCUUCCAGAAGGCUCUGCCAAGCGGACGGCACGUGGAGUGGUGUGCAGCCCACCUGCAUCGAUCCUGCCCAUAACACCUGCCCAGACCCUGGCACUCCCCACUUUGGGAUACAAAAUAGCUCUAGAGGAUAUGAGGUGGGAAGCACAGUUUUCUUCAGGUGCAGAAAAGGUUACCAUAUCCAGGGUUCUACGACCCGAACUUGCCUUGCAAAUUUAACGUGGAGCGGGAUACAGACUGAGUGCAUACCUCACGCCUGCAGACAGCCGGAAACCCCAGCACACGCGGACGUGAGAGCCAUCGACCUCCCUGCGUUUGGCUACACCUUGGUGUACACCUGCCACCCAGGCUUCUUCCUCGCCGCGGGGUCUGAGCACAGGACGUGUAAAGCAGACAUGAAAUGGACGGGGAAGUCACCUGUUUGUAAAAGUAAAGGAGUGAGAGAAGUUAAUGAAACAGUUACUAAAACUCCAGUCCCCUCGGAUGUGUUUUUCGUCCACUCGGUGUGGAAGGGAUAUUACGAAUAUCUGGGGAAGAGGCAGCCUGCCACGCUCACUGUGGACUGGUUCAACGCCACCAGCAGCAAGGUGAACGCCACCUUCACCGAAGCCUCGCCCGUGGAGCUGAAGCUGACAGGCGUUUACAAGAAGGAGGAGGCCCACCUACUCCUGAAAGCCUUCCAGAGUAAAGGCCCGGUAGACAUCUUCGUGAGCAAGUUUGAGAACGACGACUGGGGUCUGGAUGGUUACGUGUCAUCUGGACUUGAAAGGGGAGGAUUUACUUUUCAAGGGGACAUACAUGGAAAAGACUUUGGAAAAUUCAAGCUAGAAAGGCAAGAUCCCUCGAGCUCGGACCAGGACCCCUCCAGUCAGUACCACGGCACCAGCAGCGGCUCCGUGGCGGCGGCCAUUCUGGUUCCCUUCUUUGCUCUCAUUUUAUCAGGGUUCGCGUUUUACCUCUACAAACACAGAACAAGACCCAAAGUUCAGUACAACGGCUACGCCGGCCAUGAAAGCAGCAAUGGACAAGCUUCCUUUGAAAACCCCAUGUACGACACAAACUUAAAACCCACAGAAGCCAAGGCCGUGAGGUUUGACACGACUCUGAACACGGUGUGCACGGUGGUAUAGCCCCGGCGCCCCGGCAGGACGGGUUCAUAGCCAUACCUCCGACGGACAAGCAGUGAUUCCUUUGGUGCCAUAGACCACUCUCCCUGGGACUCGCCUGGCUGCAGUGCCCCGCCGCCUGCCGGCCUCCGCACAGC